AUGGUGAUGAGUAAUGAGAGGAUACGCACGAUUGUUGGACUCAUUGGGAAUGUCAUCUCUUUUGGCCUGUUUAUCUCUCCCUCGCCUACGAUAUGGAGAAUCUUCAAGAACAAAUCAGUAGAAGAAUUCUCACCAGACCCUUACAUAGCUUGUGUCAUGAACUGUUUGCUAUGGAUCUUCUAUGGCUUACCUAUCAAUCAUCCAGAUAGCACUCUUGUCAUCACCAUUAACGCUACUGGUCUUGUAUUGGAGCUCAUCUAUCUCAGCUCAUUCAUCGUUUAUGGUAAAAAUGCACAUAGGAAAAAGAUCUUUAGCUGGUUAGCUGCGGAGCUUGUUGUACUUGGUGCAAUUGCAGGUUUCGAUUUGGGAUUCUUUCAUACUCAUGAUAAGAGAUCAACCUUCGUUGGGAUUUUUUGUGUGGUGUUUGGUAUCCUCAUGUACACUUCCCCUCUAACUAUCAUGUGGAAAGUAAUAACAACAAAGAGUGUCGAAUACAUGCCUUUCUAUCUUUCAUUAGCUGCCUUCUUGAACGGUUGUUGCUGGACGACUUAUGCUCUUCUCAAAUGGGAUUGGUUCAUUCUGAUUGCGAAUGGUACUGGGGCUCUUUCUGGGUUUGCACAACUUAUUUUAUAUGCAUGUUUCUACCGAACAACUCCGAAGAAGAAUAGCAAAAGGCCGGAUUCUGAAGUACAAAUGGCUUAA